AUGAUGAAAGACAGCGAUGUGCAAAUCGAAGCCACUGACCCAAGGUCAUACAGGUUUUGUUCCCGAGGGCGAUUCGCCAGAUUUGGGUUGCACAUGAUGAACAUCACGAAUUCGGGAUGGCCGGAUGCUUUGCAUAGUAGUUAUAAUGGGCGAACCGUGAUCGAGCAAGCUAGGCCCGGCGGCACGGAGGGAGAGAGAGAGAGGGAGAGGAAGAGCAGAGAGAGCGUGAGCGUGAGCGUGUGGUGUGUCGUCGACCCCAAAGUUUUCCGGGCAUCCAUCCAUCUG